AUGGAAGUACCAAAACAAUCCGAAUUCCUAAUUGGCUGGAUCUGCAUCCUGGGGGUGGAAUACUUUGCAGCCAUGAAGGUUUUGGACAAAUCGUACGGCACCAGUCAGAAAGCAAACAUCGUCCCAGGCAACAAUGACCGAAACACAUACCAACUGGGGACAAUUGGAGACCAUCAUGUAGUCAUCAACUGUCCUCAAAGCGGAACGAAUGGUCAGAUCACGGCAUGCCAAAUUGCUACAGGCAUGAAGAGCACAUUUCCCUGCAUCCGCUUCAUUCUCCUCGUCGGAAUAGGCGGGGGGGCUCCAUCUACAAAGUAUGAUAUCCGCCUAGGUGAUGUUGUCAUUGGCACAUCAGUCUCCCCAUACAGGAAAGGCAAGAUAUUGGACUUUAAGAAGUUCAAACAAACUUCGAACAGAGAGACUCCGCCAGCCGAGCUUCUGGGUGCCAUCACAGAACUACAACACCAAGUAUUCCUUGGGUCCUCACUAGAAACAACGAUGGAUGACUUCUUUCGUCAUAAGAGUGAUCUGAGGGAGAAGUACCCACGUCCAACCGAAGACCGUUUAUUGAUGGGAGAUUACUUCCAUAACGAUCAAGGGUGCGUCUGCCUUCAACAUCAGCUAGAGGAUCGCGGCAACCUUGUCGAUCGUCAACAGCGUACUCCAGGACAACUUCUUCAAAUACACAUCGGUACUAUCGGAUCGUCCGAUGUAGUGAUGAAGAGCGCGAAGGAGCGGGAUAGACUGGCCAAUAAGCAAGAAAUUAUUUGCUUCGAAAUGGAGGCCGCGGCUGUGAUGCAGACAACUAGGUGCAUUUCAGUCCGAGGGAUAUCCGAUUACUCCGAUGGACACAAGAAUGAUGCUUGGCACAACUACGCAGCGUUGACAGCCGCGGUGUGUGCUAAGGAACUACUGAAAUGGCUUGCGCUAGAGUCUCUGAAAAACUCACCAAUGGAGCUGACAUCAGAAGAGCUGGAAAAUCUCGUCAAGGGGACAGUUGAGGAGGUAUACAGGAAGAUCAGCCAGUCACAGCGAAGAGAUGGGAAUGCAAAGACAGUAAUUGGAGAAGCCAACGACACAAUCAAACAGAGUAUCGAAAGCCUGGACCAAUACACCAGACAACCCACCCAAGGAAAUAAUCUCAAGACGAUGAUUUUAAUGAGAGGCCUUCAGAAACAGAUCGAAUCGUCAGUUCAUGAUCUUCAGGUACAAGUUAAAACGAAGACCAAAAGCGCGGAUCGUAAGAGUCUUGCUGAGUGGGAAAAACUCAAACAGGAAGUCGACAACACAGAGAAAGAGGCUAAAGACUGGGGUGAGACGUGUCAGAAACUAUUGGAUGCAGCUGUCGAACUGUCAAAGCACGUAUCAGAUCACGUUGGAGACAAGCAUUCUAAGUUCGUCACAAAAUACCUCGAAUCCAUUUCAGGUAUCUUUGGCAUCGCCAGGUCUCACAAAGAAAACAGGCCAAACGAUUCAAGCAAACAUUGUAACGAUAAAAACAUUGGAGACCUUGGUUCAUCGUCUACAGCAUCUAGUACUACCAGCCGAAGUUCCUUGGAACUAGAAAGCCCAGGUUCAAGUUCAAACAGUAACGAGCAACACAUGCCAGAUUCCUGUCCUGAACAUCCAUCGCCUGUCACUGGUGGUCACCCAACGCCUAUAUCAGGCUUACCCGCUCCAGAUCACUUCCCUCGGCAACCUGGGUCUAACUCUUCGCCGGAACAUAACUCUACUGUGCCCCCUAUACCAAAGUCUAGCCCGCCACUACCACCUACCAGUCCCCCGCAGCGAAAAGAGCCACCGUCUAAACGACCGAAACCUGACUGGUUAUAUGUACCAAGACAAUGA